CACCGCGGUUCGCCGUCGCAAUCGUCGUCGUCGUCACUCGUCGUCGUCGUCACUCGUCACUCGUCGUCGCAACGGCAGCACAACGCUAUUACUCACCCCGGGCAACAGCAGUAAGUGAGCAGAUACCGCAAAGCGGACAAGAAUCGAUCGUGCGCACACCCGGACGACGGCGACAACUGCAGCGAAGCACGUACGACCAGACGACACUACUGGACAAAAGAAAAAAUAUUUUGUUACAACAGCUCUACCUAAAUCCAACCUGCAUUUAUCACAUUCUACUGAUAUUUCAAACAACCUUAAGAAAUUUGCUGCAAGGACAAUUAUAUCAAGUCAUCAUCUUAGUUUAAUGUACUAAGUUAUACCAACCUUUUUUCAAGACUUAAUUUCAACAACGCACACUAAACACAAAUAUGUCUUCUUGGCAAGAUUAUGUUGACAAACACCUUAUAGCUUCUCGAUGCGUUACCAAAGCCGCUAUCUCAGGUCAUGAUGGUACUGUAUGGGCCACUUCAGAUGGAUUUAAUGUUUCUAAGGAAGAACUUAGCAGACUAAUUGCUGGUUUUGAAAACCAAAAUGUUUUGGCUGCUUCAGGCGUAACGUUAGCUGGCAGUAGGUACAUUUAUUUGUCUGGUACUGAUAAAGUCAUUAGAGCAAAGCUGGGUAAAGUGGGCGCACACUGCGUGAAGACCCAACAGGCUGUUGUUGUUUCAUUAUAUGAAGACCCUAUUCAACCACAACAAGCUGCCUCUGUUGUUGAAAAGCUUGGCGAUCAUUUGGUUGCCCAUGGAUACUGAACAUGAAUUACAAAAACGAUUAAUGUGCUUCAAAAAUAGAAGAAAAAAAAAUUCAAAAUUCAGAUUAUCAAGAACAACUAAAAAUCAUAUGAUAUGGCAUUUAAUAUAUUACAUUAAAAUAACCAAAUCUCAAUUACACCCAUUAAAAUAAAUGUUUAUAAUUUUGGGAGAAAUAUAUUAGGUAUAUAUUAUUAUUUUAUUUUUACUUUUUAUUUAUUUUUUAAUGGAAUACCAAACAACUAUUUCAUUAUCUUUUAUUAUAUUUUAUUUCUGAUAAGAUUUUGAUCCGCUGCUUGGGAACUAUAGAUUUGUUUAACAUUAUUAUUGUUGUAUACAAGUCUCAGAUAUUAUUAUUACUACCUAAUAAAAUUAUCUUCAUAACCUUAAAAGUGGUUAACAAACUUAGUGAAUAUUGUCUAUAAAUUACAAAUUGAUUAUCGGCUAUUGCUAAUAGUCAUAUUAUGUAUGAUUUAAUUUAAAUAUCAUCAAUUUUUUUUUAGACACCCUUGAUUCAUGUUUAUAUUUUUCUACUAUUAUAUACAAAUUUAAUUUAAAAAGAAAAUCAUAUUUUCUUUAUUUUUAAUGUUUUUGCUUUAUACUUGUUAUGAUUUGCACUUUUUACUGUUUCAUUUAGAAACAGUACCUAUAUAGUUAGAUAUUUAUACAAAAAUCCAUGACUUGAACGAAAAAAUAGUACGUACCUAACAAUUAAGUGUUUUGUAAUUUGUUUAAUAUUUAAUUGGCUGUGUGGUAUCUUUAUUUAUGUUUAUUAAUUAUUUGUAAAAAUUUCUAUGAGCAAUAAUAAACGUAUAGCUUUUUAUACCAAUUUACGUUCCCGUGGCUACCAAGUAAAAUAAUUAUGAAAAAAAUAUUGUAUUGUAUAAUAUAUUGUCAAAUAUUUUUUUUAUUAUAACCAACCAAUAAACAAAUAUUUAUAGAACA